GGUGUAUCUAUUUUAAAGCCUCUAAUGGGCGUCGACCCAUUCUUAGAGUUUAACUUGGAGAGUCAUUUUACCCUUGACUAUCCAGAGUUCGAAUUAUUGCUAUGCGUAGAGGACGCCAUGGACCCUGCCCUAAACGUCAUAGAGACCCUCCAGAAUAGGUACCCUAAUGUCAAUUGCCGAAUUUUUAUUGGUGGCAAGGUGGGAAUACAGAAUCCCAUGGUCUUCAACAUGUGCCCUGGCUACGAAGCAGCUAAACAUGAUCUUGUUUGGAUCAGUACCAGUAGGAUACAGGCAAGCACGGAGAUCCUCCUGGAUAUGGUCUCCAAAAUCCAGGCUCCCAACGUUGCACUGGUCCACCAAAUCCCAUUCACCAGGGACCAGCAGAACAGUUUUGCGCACGCUGUCGAGAAAGUGGGUGAUGAUGAUGAUGAUGGUAAGGAUGGUGGUGAUGAGGUAAUAAUGUUGAUCGUUUCGUUUUAA